AUGGCUCAUAUCAAUCUCCCUACACACAAGACACACCCAGAGGUUGCACCGCCUAUUGCAACCACAACCAACGAGCAUGUCCAGCAACAUUUGCAGCAUGGCGAGCGCGGCCAGUCUCACACGACAACAGCCGCGUCCUCAGGUCUUGCUGCAAGUGGUCUGCACCAAAAUACACACUCUGGUGCAGCUGCAGGAACAGGCCUUGCUACAGGAGCAGGCCUGGCUGGAGGAGCUGCAGGAGCAGGCUUAGAUUCGCACCACGGCCAAGGCUCACAUGGUGGUAUUGGUUCAGGUGUUGCUGGAACUCAUGCUCAUCCAAAUGACUUGAAUGCUCUACCAGGAGAGCCAAAAGAAGAGCGUCACAUCGAUCACCACCCCUUUGCACACACAACAACAGAAAAGGGUCAAAAGCUGAUGCCUGUUGCUCGGGAUCGUUCAGCACCUGGCAAUGAGCCUGUCCCUGCUGAAGCUGCAAAGUUGCCAUACGGUGUGACACACACGCAUGAUGCAGGUACGGCCGGACGGACAAUGCCAGACAAGUCCGUGCACCUUGCGCAUGAGCAUGAGCACAAGACGGAUCUUAACAAGAACGGCAAGGAGAGCAUCGGUGCCAAGAUUAAGCAUGCUGUCGCUGGUGGCGGCUAUGCCUUGGAGAAGUAG